AUGCCUCUCUUUCAAAAUUGUUCGCCAUGUCGACGUCAGAUCUCUGCACUCUACUCCUGGGCACCACGCAAAUACUAUCGCACAAAGAAAGUCAAAAUUGAGGUACCCGAAUACUUCACUGACCUCCCGGACUUUCUACAAUGGCGCAGCUAUUUUCCAUCCAAUCCUUCACUUGCGCAUCGUAUAUCUGUUGCGAAUCCAGAAACUGCUAAAAAGAUUGCCGAUGCAUUCGUGCCAGAAGGAUCGAAAGAUAAAGUCAUCAUUGAAGCGUAUCCAGGACCAGGCCAAUUGACAAGAGCAUUACUCGCGUUGCCUAAAGAGCGUAUCAAAAAGUUGAUUGUACUCGAAACACAUGACAAUUAUCUGCAGUACCUCAGGUCAUUAGAAGAUGUCGACGAUAGAGUCAAAGUCCUUGAUCUUCCCGCAGUGUCAUGGUCAACAUACGAUACUGUGGAAGAAAUGGGACUGUUAAAAGAUGUCGAGGCACUACCCUGGGAGGCUGGUGUACACCCUAACCUCCAUUACAUCUCCCAUCUCAGAGCCACAAUAUCAGGAGAACAGUUCAUUGCUCAACAAUUUCGCACCAUUCCUGACCGGCAAUGGUUGUUUAAAUUUGGUCGAGUACCUAUGAGCCAUGUCAUGAGUGAAUACGUAUGGCAGCGCGUAUCUGGCGGACUAGGAGAUAGAUUAAGAUGCAAACUUAGUGUUAUCGCUGAAGCGACGGCCAAAUGCGAGGAGGCGCUGCCUUUCUCAGAAACACAACCGCUUGAACAGCAUUUUCAUCCAGCACCAUCUGAGGCGGUGAUGACAAAGGUUGGGGAACUCCGACAAUCCAAAAAAGCCGUAAAAGGGAGAAGAUUGGGGAUGCCUUUCCAGGUCAUCAACUUAGUUCCUCGCGCAGACGUUGUUAUAUCUCCUGAGACGCUAGACAAGUGGGACUACUGUUUGCGUCGGAUGUUCGUACAAAAGGCGACACCCUUCAAAAAAGCACUACUAAUGCUAGGACCCGGUGCUGGGACACUAGCAAAGACAGUCUGCAAUCCUGAGAAUCCCGUGUGGGUUGAUCCGGAUGCAAAGAUCAAUUCUCUUACCACUGAACAGUGGCAGGUUGUAGUUCAGGCGUUCCACGAAUGGCCUUUUGCUCCAGUAGAUCUCGGCGUAGACUCUGUGGUAGCAUCUCUAAUGAAAGAUUAA